GCGUCGCCCCCGCCGGUGCAACUGCCACCGCCGCCGACUGUCGCGUUCGGCGGUGGCGGCGACCGCGGCACCGGCGGUGGUGCUACGCCCGGCCCACAGUUGUUUUCUAGUCUCCAGUACAAAAACGGACUCCAGCAGCAGCAUCAGCACGACCAGCAGCAGCAGCAGCAGCAACAACAUCAUCAUCAACACCACCUCCAUCAGCAGGAGCAGCAGCAGCAGCAGCAGCAACAGCAACAGCUGCACCAGCAGCAUCAACAUCACCAGCAGUACCUGCAGCAGCAUCAUCAGCACGGCAGCAACCUGGUCACGCAUUACGCGGCCCUCGGCAGUGCGUUUUACACGUACUGACGCGCACUGUAGACGGAAAAAGCGGUAAAAUUGUAAAUCUUUAUUCGUAUAUAUAUAUAUUUAUAUUACAUUAUAAAAAAUUACAGACGUUUUAUUUUCCACUUUUUUAACACUCGCGGCGUGUUUUUAACG